AGAAGCCGCAGGGCGGAGCUCGGGGUGGGAAAUAUUCGAGCAAGAAGCCUGCUCCUUGCCUUACCUUUUUUUUUCAGUCGGCCCUCAUGCGCAACAUUUUAAUACCCCCGGCAGCCCACCAAUUGCCCUCAGCACCGCGGCUCCCUUGUUGCGCCGUGCGCGGUCUGGAGCCCUGACUGCACCAGCUGCUCCUCCCCCAUGGCGUCUCCCGACGACGAAAUACCCUUCAACGAUGACCUCGCGCACGAGGAUGAGGGCUCCAUCCUCUCGCCCCGGGGACUGGAGGCCUUUGGCCGCAAGGUGACGAGCACUGCGAGCCACCUCAUAAGGCCCUCCAACUCGGACCCCACGACGAGCUCAAGUUACCAGAGUACCAUGACCGAGGUCGUCCAGAAGCAUCUGCGACGGCCAGAUCUUCAGCGCAGCAUGUUCUCCAUGGCGCGGACCACCCCCUCCGAUCUGGUGCGGUCCAAGCUCUCAACCAAGGAGAUCCAGCACCGCGCGCUUGCCCACGUCCCCGACGAGCUGCUGGACAACAUCCCCGACGAUGACAAUGACUACUCGCUCUUCCAGGGCUUCCAGGCCACCUUCCCCGAGCUCACCGACGAGGGGAAGAAGCACCGGCGUCGCGUGUCGCGGGGGAGGAGGCUUCUGGAUGAGGCCCCCGGCACGCCCGAGGGUCCACAUGGCCUGCAGAAGCUGCGCAAGGAGCGCGCGGCGAUGGCUCACGAGCUGGAGAUGCUCGGGAUCCGUAAGAGCAUGGCCAGUUGCGAGAUCCGCGAGAUCGACACCAAAAUCUCCAACCUGUACGGCAUGCGAAAAAUAAUACUAGAUCGUCUCGCCGUGCUGGAGCAAGAAGAGACGAUACUAGAGCACGACCUCAUGGAGGUCGAGACGCGGGUUGAAGAUGCACAGGAACUCGUGGAUGAAGCCGAGUCAUUAGCGGGAAGCGUAGCUCGACAUCUGGACGAUGAUCUGGUGCUAGGCCAUGACGGAGACAUGGGGUUCAUGUCGCAGUCCAUCUACGAGAAGAUACCGUCGACGGGCACCAGCCCAUCCAAGGGCAGGAAGCCCAGAGUGGUCCGCCGAAGGUCCGCGGCUGUCCUGCACGAGCACUUUGAGCCGGGCACCGGGAUCCGCGAGCUGAGGGCGCACAACGACCGCAUCACCGCUGUGGACUUUGAUGCGCCCUUCGGCACGCUGGUGACGGCGGCCAUGGACGACUCGAUCAAGGUCUGGGAUCUCAACGCGGGACGGUGCAUCGGCUUGAUCGAUGGCCACACCGCGUCUGUACGGGCUCUGCAGGUGGUUGACAACUUGCUGGCAACGGGCUCCGCGGACGCGACGGUGCGGCUCUGGGACCUGAGCCGGGCGCACUACGACCCGCACGGAGGCCACUUUGGCGGCAAAGAGGACGACGACGAUGAGGCCAUGGCAUUCGAGAACCCCGACGAUCAGCCUGUGGACCCGCCCGCUGGAAGCAUGGCCGACUGCCCCGUCGUCACGCUGUCGGCGCACAUGGACGAGGUGACGGCGCUGCAUUUCAAGGGCAACACGCUUGUUUCCGGAUCGGCCGACAAGACGCUUCGUCAGUGGGAUCUGGAGAAGGGUCGGUGCGUCCAGACGCUGGACGUUAUGUGGGCAGCGGCGCAGGCGUCGUCCGGAGCCAGCGAGGGCAACACAUGGCGACAGACGACGCGGUCGCAGGCCGACGCCGCCGACUUUGUGGGUUCUCUGCAAGUGUUUGAUGCGGCGCUGGCAUGCGGUACGGCAGACGGCAUGGUCAGGCUGUGGGACCUGCGGAGCGGCCAGGUGCACCGAAGCCUGGUCGGCCACACGGGCCCCGUGACGUGCCUCCAAUUUGACGAUGUGCAUCUCGUGACUGGCUCGCUGGAUAGGAGCAUCAGGAUAUGGGAUCUGCGCACCGGCUCCAUCUACGACGCCUACGCCUAUGAGAACGGCAUCACCAGCAUGAUGUUCGAUACUAGGCGCAUCGUCAGCGCGGCCGGUGAGGACGUGGUCAAAGUGUACGACAAGGCAGAGGGCCGGCAGUGGGACUGCGGCGCGGGCAUCAAGGCAGCUGAGGAGCUGAAGAACCCGCCGGCCAUCGUUGAGCGCGUCAGGAUAAAGGACAGCUACUUGGUGGAGGGUCGCAAGGACGGCAUCGUUGGUGUGUGGACCUGCUAGACCUCCCCGGACGGAAGACUCCUGCUCCUUAUGCACAACGAACCCUCGCCUGAGCAGGCGGGGUGCUGUCGUUGUGUGCCUAACGUUUGGCACGCCCAGCGUUAUGGCCUGUUAUAUUUACCUCACGGACCUGUACUUAUAAGCAAGCCAUGGCGAGUGUAUGAGACGCGAGAGUUCUGUCCAGUAUGACGGAGUAUGGUGGCAGUGAGGUGACGUCUUUGAUCGUUCGCUGGUGAGUUGGAUAAAGGGGUGGUUUCGCCCGGCGGUGAUUUUUUAUCGCCAACUCAAAGUCAGUAAACCCGGUAGGUAGCUUGGAAGAUCGGGAAUAAGAAAUAGCCGGCUUAAGUGAGGA